GGGGGUUGCCGCGGUAACGGCGGAGCGAUCUCCGCGAGGGGCGGUGGCCGGCGGGAGGCGAGGCGAGGCGAGGCGGUGGGCUGACAUGGUGCCCAGCAAGUGCCGGCCCGCUAGGGGCUCGCGGGCCGCGCCCGGCCCGGUUAAUAAUUGUGGUCUUCAGCUGGUUAUCCAGACCUCCUCAAUACCUGAUAAAAACAAACCAUUUGAAUUCAGGAUAAAUAAAGAGCAGUCAUCUUUCCACAAUAGACUUCUGCAGCAUGAUCUGGAAAAAAGCUAUUCAGGAAGGCAAGGAGACCCAAGAGUAUUAAGUCCUUUGGUGCGUAAUAAGCAGAUCUAUCUUCCAGUGCCAUCCAAUCUGACUGAACUUUCUGGUUUGGAGUUGAAGCAAGAUACAGGUUCUUUAUCAGGAUUUGUGGAGUCGUCUAUACAUACAAAAUCCAGAUCGCGACAAAGCAGUCAGGGUAUUAGUUCACAGGCUUCAGAAAACACAAAUUUUGGGAGCAGUUCAUCAAUAACAUUUCCUAUAUUGCAACGUACCGCUGAAGAAAAAAUACUGAACUCUGAUAGACUGACCCUUGAAAGGCAAAAGCUGACAGUGUGCCCAGUUAUUGAUGGGGAAGAUCAUCUUCGCCUCUUGAAUUUUCAACAUAACUUCAUAACCCGGAUCCAAAAUAUCUCAAAUCUACACCAUCUUGUUUUCUUAGAUUUAUAUGAUAACCAGAUAGAGGAAAUAAGUGGUCUUUCUACUCUGAGAUCCCUAAGAGUCCUUUUGUUGGGGAAGAACAGAAUAAAGAAGAUCUCAAAUCUGGAGAACCUGAAAAAUCUUGAUGUUUUAGACCUUCAUGGAAAUCAGAUUACUAAAAUGGAAAACAUCAACCAUUUGAGUGAACUGAGAGUAUUAAAUCUUGCCAGAAACCUACUAUCCAUUGUAGAAAAUCUUAAUGGACUGGAUUCUCUCACAGAGCUCAACCUUCGUCAUAAUCAAGUCUCUGCCAUAAAAGAUGUGGAUACUUUGCCCCGUCUCCAGCGUCUGUUCCUCAGCUUCAACAAUAUAUCUAGAAAUGACAUUCCAUCAAAUUCAGCAGUUGGAAAACCCAAAAAAUCUCAUUGCUCCCUCAAUUUGAGUUAUGUAGUAGAUAUGUCUCCUAACAGUUUUGAGGAUAUUCUGUGCCUUGCUGAUUCCUCAUCUUUGUCAGAUAUCACCCUUGAUGGCAAUCCAAUAGCUCAGGAGACAUGGUACAAACACACUGUUCUCCAUCAUAUGAUGCAGCUCCGACAGCUAGAUAUGAAGAGAAUCACAGAAGAAGAAAGACGCAUGGCAUCUGUUGCAGCAAGGAAAGAAGAAGAAAGGAAACGUGAAAGUCAUAAACAAAGCUUGAUUAAGGAAAAGAAACGGUUAACAAUUUGUAAUAUUGCUCGCCAGUGGGAGAUACAGCAGAAUCGAACAGCUCUUGUGGCUUCUUUAAACCAAGAUAAAGAUAAUGAACCCUGUCAGAUCAAUGGCAGUACUGCAUAUGUGUUUCCUGAAGAAAGCAGGUCUCUUGAUACAAUAUUGAGCAGUGCUGUACAAGGCUUGUCUGUUCUUGAUUCUCAUUUGGUGGAAGUGGAAGGAGACACUCUUUACUUGUAUGGUUCUGGAGCACUGGAGUGCCUGGAUCGAAACUGGAGUGUUCAAACAGCUGGAUCUGUUGUCACAGUCUCCUUUAUGUUCAUGGAAUUUGAUGAAAUUGUUCAAGUGUUAACAAAACUGAGGUUAAAAUUUCCUAAUUCUGUGCACCUGAAGUUUAAGGAGACGAAUCUUUUGACACUGAAGCAAUUCAAUGCAUUAGGCCAGGUGCAUCGCAUUGAACAGUUAACAGUUGAUCCUCAGGGAAAUCCAGUCGUCAGUUUUACUUUGUGGAAAUACUAUGUUCUGUUUAGACUGAACCAUCUUAAUCUACAGAAGAUAAAUGGAAUUGAGGUUACUCAAAACGAUACAGUAAUGGCGGAAAGACUCUUUGGCAUUCUGGCAUAUGUAGCAUCUUCUGAGCUGCCACAUUAUCGCAUGCUUUCGUUAUUUGGAGAAUCUAGAAUGAAGCAAUUCCAUGAUCUGCUGGAGGGAAAGGGAAAGAAAUCUGGGGUUGGAAUUGAGGAAAGUAGUGAUAACAGGAGAGCUGGAGGAGAAAGCACAGCUCGAGCAAUGUUGAAUUAUACAGCAAAGAAUGUUCAUAUGGAAAAGCUUGAGGAAAUCAAGGAAAGAAAAACAUUUUGCCAAACAUAUGUGGAGAACUUAGUGAAAGAAGCUGCGGACAUCCAUAUGAAAAAUGAGUCCUUGCAGAAGCUCUGGCCUCAAAUGUUCAUUGAGCUUGUCAGAGAUGCAGUGAUAGAAAUACGCAAUAAAAAUUCCUACAUGAAACUCUGCUUACAGAGGAUUGCUGAUCAAAAACAGUAGAGUCAAGGCCUGUUGUCUUGCAGGCUUUUGGUUUCAGUAUUUAUUGUAUGAUGUUUCACAAAUUUAAAAUGAUAGAAUAUAAAAUUACUGUCUGUAUGGAAAAAAUUAUUUUUUUUAGCUCCCAGAAGUGUUAUCUUUAAAUCUUAAUUAACUCUGUCAUCUUAGCUUUCUUGAUAGUGUUCAAUUAAAAGUUGACCUGCAUAAAACUUUAA